AUCGGUGGGUGGGGAAAAAAGGGGUGGAGAGAGAGAGAGAGAAGAGAAUGGCGGGAAAAGAGAGUCCUUAGAGAGGGAAACAAAACCAUUCAAUCUUUAUAUCCUCCAUAUCAACAUAUUCUUGCUUUAGAUUCCACUGCCAGCAAUAACUCCAGAGAAAAAUUAUGGCCCAGAUUGAAACCCUAGGCGUUCUUGAAGAGAUCGAAACUCUCGUCUCUGACAAACUUCAAGUGGUUUCAUACAAGUGGCUGAGUCGCAAUUUUCUGGUGUCAUCAAAUGUUGCAAAGAGGUUGCUUCAAGAGUUUGUGCAGAAACAUACAAGUGGUCUGGAAGUAGUAUAUACUCUGUCUGGCUGGUUGAAGAACAAUCCUCCAAGUUACCAUAUAAUGCUUGUUUCUGGGCCCAAACUUGAAGAAGCUAAACAAGAAUUUGAUGGCAAUUGCUCACUUCAUGUCUACAGCGUGCAAGCUGCAAUUCCAAAGGAUCCAGCUGCCCUUUGGAACGAUGAAUUUGUACAAGCAGAAGAGCUCUUCAAGCAGCCCUCUGCAUUUGAUAAUUGUUUGAGAGAUAACAGGUUUUGUGGGAUUCUUAAUCCCUUUGUUAGGCGCAAUGUUGAUGGAACACCCAAGAACAAUGCAGCUCUGCAGCCCAAAAGUGUGGGAAUCCUAGGACCAACCAAGACUAAUUCUGCUGAAAAAAUUGUAGUUCCACCUCCUCAACAAGUGAAAGUUGAUCAAUCAGGUCCAAAGUUCGGACAACAAUCUACCAUGUUGGUGAAAGAUGUAAAAAAGGAAAGUCCUGGGACAGGAGUUCAUUAUGAGGCCUCCAAGCCCCCUCUAGAUAAAGAAAAAAUCCCUCCUCCGUUGGCUAAUAAUGAGAAGAAAAGCCGGAGCGAUAAAAGUUCUAUGGGAAAUGGAGGUUCAUUAGCAAGUUUGUGGGGUCGUGCAUCAGCUAAGUCAAAACUCACUUCACCUCCUGCAGGCGAUAACAGUCUCAUUUCAGAUCCCGCUGCCAGUGCAGAAGCUCAAAUUUGUGCUUGUGAAGCAAUAGAAGAUCGGAGCAGCGAUGAUGAGGCUCAAAACGUCAAUUUUAGGAGAGCCUCCAAUGUUGAAGGUGGUAGAAAAAGGAGGGUAGUUCUUGAUUAUUCCGAUGAUGAGGAUGAAGAUGCUGUGAGCCUAGCAUCACCGGAUCUUCCAAAGGGGAAAUUCAGUAAGACCCCCCAUCCUGUGAAACUCAAUGACAACGACCAAACAGAAAGCAAACUGAAGGUCAAGGAAGGAAGAUCUACUGACCCUACCUCUGAUCAAGUUGCAAGGGAAAAGUCUUCAAGUGCCCAAAAGAGUAUGAAGUCUAAAGACUCCUCUAAAGAGAAUAUCCUGAACCAUAGUAAUGGUGGUCAUGUUAAAACAGAUGUUAAAGCAGAUAUUGCUAAUGCUGCUCCAAAUUCUCCCAAAAGGAGGAAAGUCUUAAAGACCUCCAUUGAUGAGCGUGGUAGAGAAGUAACUGAGGUAGUAUGGGAGGGGGAAGAGACGGAAACAAAGAAAGCCGACAGUAGCGUGAUGAAGAAAGCUCAAAAUAGUGUGGCGAAGAAAGCUGAAACUAAUGCAGUUGCAAAUACUGUUAACAACAGGGCAGCUGCAGUUAAGAAGUCUGCAGUAGGAAAUACAGCACCAUCUAAUCAAGGAGGCAAAGCAGGGAACAAAAAGGGAGGAAGCAAGGACCCUAAACAAGGCAGUCUUCUAUCUUUCUUCAAUAAGGUGUAAAAUGGACCACAUAACUAAAUCUACUUGCGUUUUCUGUUUCUUUGCUCUCUGAUUUUUGUUCUGAAGAGGAAGUGCGCCGCAGGGCAAUUUGAUGGUUUAGCUCAACGUGUUUAUAAAUAUUAUAAUUUCUGUAGUUACCGGA